ACAAUUUUAAGGUAUUUAGUUUAAUUGUUGUUUAAUGUCAAGUAGAUAUCUGUGAUAUUUUAUAGAAGUGGUGUAUUAUGUUUUUAAUUAAUUUUUAUAUUCAUUCAUAUUAAAUUGAUACAUCUUACGUCAAACAUCACCUAACCUAUAUCUUAAUAUUAUAUAAUAAUUUAAAGGACAUGUUGAGAGCUCCCUUAAUAAAAGCGCUUGCCUUAGGAGCUCCCGGAAAGGGGGCUUCUAUGGCAACACCCCGCAAUUUAUCGGCUGCUGCGCCUGUUCCUGCGAAAGCGCCACAAAAAAUUGAAGUAUUUAUUGAUGACAAACCUGUCAUGGUUGAACCAGGCACAACGGUCCUUCAAGCUGCAGCCAUGGUUGGUGUGGAAAUUCCUAGAUUUUGUUAUCAUGAACGCUUGGCUGUUGCUGGCAACUGUCGUAUGUGCCUGGUAGAAGUUGAGAAAAGCCCCAAACCAGUUGCUGCUUGUGCUAUGCCUGUGAUGAAGGGGUGGAGAAUUAAAACUGAAUCAGCUAUGACAAAGAGGGCCAGAGAAGGUGUUAUGGAGUUCCUAUUAGUUAAUCAUCCUUUAGAUUGCCCCAUUUGUGAUCAAGGUGGUGAAUGUGAUUUACAAGAUCAAGCAAUGGCUUUUGGAUCAGACAGAUCUCGAUUCACUGAUAUAAAUUUUUCAGGAAAGCGAGCAGUGGAGGAUAAGCAACUAGGGCCAUUAGUAAAGACAGUUAUGACUCGCUGUAUUCAUUGCACAAGAUGCAUUAGAUUUGCUUCAGAAGUCGCUGGUGUAGAUGAUCUUGGUACUACAGGUCGUGGAAACGACAUGCAAGUUGGCACAUAUGUGGAAAAACUUUUUAUGACUGAAUUAUCUGGUAAUGUUAUUGACUUGUGUCCUGUUGGUGCUUUAACGUCGAAACCUACAGCGUUUACUUUUCGCUCUUGGGAAACUCGCCGGAUCGAUUCUAUUGAUAUUUUAGAUGCUAUAGGGAGCAAUAUUGUUGUUAGCUCAAGAUCUGGGGAAGUUUUACGAGUUUUACCAAGAACUAAUGAGGAAAUUAAUGAAGAAUGGUUAUCCGAUAAAUCUAGAUUUGCUAUUGAUGGUCUUAAACGACAAAGAUUAGUCACACCCAUGUUAAGGAAAUCAGGAUCACAAUUAGAAGUUGUUGAUUGGGAAUCAGCACUUAUUGCUGUAUGUAAAGCCUUGCAAGGUGUGGAGCCAUGCCAGAUUGCUGCAGUCGCUGGUGGUCUUGCUGAUGCAGAGGCAUUGGUAUCACUCAAAGACUUGUUCAAUAAAAUAGGAUCGGAAAAUUUAUACACUGAACAAUCAUUUCCAUCAGAAGGUGCCGGCACAGAUUUGAGAUCAAAUUAUAUACUGAAUAAUUCUAUUGCAAGAGCUGAAGAAGCCGAUCUUGUUUUAUUAGUUGGUACUAAUCCAAGAUAUGAAGCCCCAUUAUUAAAUACGAGAAUUCGCAAAGGAUAUGUACAUAAUGAAACAAAUAUUUUCAUGAUUGGACCCAAAGUGGAUUUGUCAUACCAACAUGAUAAUUUAGGAGAUUCACCUGAUGUGCUAGAGAAAUUAGCUAAUGGCUCACAUCCAUUUAGUAAACAGUUGUCAAAUGCUAAGCGUCCUUUAAUUAUUGUUGGAUCGGAUCAAUUGGCACGAUCUGAUGGUGGUGCCAUUUUGAAAGAUGUUCAGAAGCUAGCCGGUCUUUGUACAGCGGCUGAACCGGAUUGGAAAGUUCUGAACAUUUUGCAAAGAAAUCAAGGACAAGUAACUGCUUUAGACAUUGGCUAUAAAGCAGGAGUAGAAGAACUUCGCAAAAAUCCGCCGAAAGUUUUAUUCCUAUAUGGAGCUGAUGAAAAAACUCUGAAGAAAGAAGAUCUUCCAGCAGAUUGUUUCAUAAUCUAUCAAGGUCACCAUGGUGAUUAUGGUGCUUCUAUUGCCAACUGUGUUUUACCUGGAGCUGCUUAUACAGAAAAGCAAGCCACAUAUGUUAAUACAGAAGGCCGAGCCCAGCAGACACAUAUGGCUGUAUCACCACCAGGAAUGGCAAGAGAAGAUUGGAAAAUAAUUCGAGCAAUCAGUGAGGUUUUGGGUAUGCCAUUGCCCUAUGACAACUUAAAUGAAGUCCGCAACAGGCUUGGAGAAGUUGCCCCACACUUAAUUCGAUAUGGUGGUUUAGAACAUAACAACUUUUUCCAACAAGCACGAGAGUUAAAUAUGCAAAUUAAAACUGAUGUAAAAGGACCACUUGAUGUUAAACAGAAAGUAUUGGAAGAUUUUUAUAUGACAGACGUAAUUUCAAGGGCUUCACCAACUAUGGCCAAAUGUAUUGAGGCAGUGCACAAGCAGAAACAAUCAAAAUAUUAAUUUAUUAGAAAUUUAGGUAUAA